UUUGUUCCGAUCCCUGGACAACUGUACAGAAAAGCGGGAUAUACAUGCUGCGCACGCUUUAAUAUCCUGUCAUCACCACCGGCAUCGCUGGCUCAAAACCUGAUUUGCUGCAACGUAUAUAUACACGCUGGUUAUAUUCGGUUUUCUCCGGCUUCCUUAGCGUACGCAUUGCUUGAUCAGAUGUGUGUUACGCUGGUCGCAAUCAAUUAAUCAAUUGUUGUAAUUUUCUAAUUUUGGAGUAGGGAAAAACACAACCAUCGCCGCGCGUCCAACUGGUUAUAAAGUUUUCAGCGGGGCCGAGAGAUGCACCACCGGAAAUUCCAUAAUACUGGAUAUCAAUAAUUUCCUCUGUUCUACACUGUAUAAGCCGAAUAAAUGAUGAAUUAUUCGCCACUGGAAUAUCUGACGCUAUCCGGCGUAUCCGCAUCGCGUCAUGCCUGUGUGUUAAAAUGUGUAUAAUGAUGUUGUGGAUGGCGCCCAUGACCUUUGGGUCGAAUCACAUAGUUACGUAUGGAACGCCGGGCUAUUGUGCAGUUUUCCGAAAACUCCUGUUCAUUGGUGAAAAUAUAGUCUCCCGAAUCUUCGCAGCAUGCGACAGCGCCGCAUCGAUGCCGUACAAGUUUGAUGAUUUGAUGGAUUUCACUUGGUUAAAAAUCAUCAAACAAUUGAUUCUGCAACUCGUAUGCAUUGCUGUCUGGCUGUUCGGUUUGAUGCUGCUGUUUCGUCCCCAGAAUUUCCUUCCGGCAGCGGCGGAUACAGCGCAAACUGAUCACUACAUUCAAAUGCCGGGAAGUGGCACUGUGAUGAUCUGUGGAUCGGCUCUGAUAUUUCUUUCCAUGGGUGCCUUACUGCAUUUGGUUCGCAAGAAUGACCAGCCUCUGGACUAGAGAGACACACACUGAUUCCGAAUUCCUGUCAACGAACAUUUCUGCUCGAUUGUGUCAGCAGUUCUUUGCAGUUUUUAACAUAUUCCUCAUACAACCUUUUCACUAUUCUGUAAAUAAAUGGUAAUAAUGAGGUACAUAUACGAACAUUCUCGAAAAACAACGCUGUAUAUCUUCGCAUAAUUUAAUCCAGUAAAGGAACAACAACAGCACUUUUCGAGUACUUUAACAAAAGACUACAAGCUUUGUCUUUCAUUGCAACUAGAAAAAUAAAUAUAUAAAUUAUUCCAAAUUGCUGUAAAGCAGGCAAAGAUGUUAUUGUUUCCAGUAAAGUAAAUCAACAAAACCAAAUUUUUUCAAUGUAUAAUUACAAUCAAGUGUACAAACGUG